AUGCCGGUUCACUACAGCGAAGCAGUGGAACUCGCCAUGGCGGAGGUGUGUCCACCGCGUGAUGCAUGGGAUGCUGCCGACUUUGACCCAGUGGUCUACCUGAACAGUCUCUUCCCUGACGAGGCGAGUCUCGGCGCGCUACCAGCCUUUCUCGACGAGGCGAACGAGCGCCUCCGCAAGGCGGAGAAUCAGCUUCUAAAGGCGGUGGAGCAGCAGGCAAGCAACGCGUCGAAUGCGGAGAGUGACCUAAAGGGGGCCAAGGAGGCGGUAGCGCAGCUUUACGUCCGUGUGUCCGAAAUCAAGUCGCAAGCGUCGGAGAGCGAGGAGAUUGUGAAGGAUUUGUGCCACAACAUCUGCGAGCUCGACGUGGCCAAAACAAACCUCACGUCCAGUAUCAACACACUGCGCUCCGUGCAGUUGUGGAUGCUCCAACUGCAGGUGCUCUCCUCGUCCUUUGAAAAGCGCCGCUUCUUACAAACGCGUGAUGCCUUGCAGGAGGCUCUCAAGUACUCGGCCAUGUUCGAGAAGAUGAAGGACAUCCCGAAGGUGAAGGAGCUGAAUGACAAGCAGACCCAGCUGUGCCGGCAGGCGGAGUACUACAUCCGCAAUACCGUCUUUGGCGAGCUGAACUUGGAAACAAUUGAUGAGAACCUGAUGGCUGAGGCGUGUGCCUUGGUGGAUCUCAUGGAGGAGGAGAGCAAGAAGAAGCUUCGAGACCGCUUCACUGACAAGCUUCUCGAGUCCUACUCGCUGCGCUUCAAACGCGGCACGGACGACGCCAAGCUGGAGCGGACGGAGCGACGCUACGUUUUCUUCCGCGGGCUGCUGGAACGCUACGACAACGUCUUCAAGAACGUCUUCCCGCGGCACUGGUGCGUGCCACAGGAGCUGUGUGUCACCUUCUGCCUGCAUACAAAACAAGAGCUGGACUACGCGCUACGUGAGGCCGCUAAUAAAAUUGACGUAGUCGUGCUCACAUAUGUCAUUCAAAAGACGAUCGACGUCGAGCGCGACCUCACCCAGAUGAUGACGUGGAAGGACGAGUUUGCCGGCAAGCGGGAGCUGCCGGUGUACAAGUACAACGGCAUGAUCCUCUCCGCCUUCAAGAAGCACAUGGGGCUCCUCGUGCAAAACGAGGACCGCCUCAUGCAGGAGGCCCUGGCGCAGCCGCUCAUCGGCAGCGGUGACUCGUUGUGCUCCUGCUGGAACAGCAUUGAGGAGGAGGCCCGCAGUGGCACGUACCUGCCCAUCGCUGAGGACAUCUUCGUCUUCAUCAAGGAGAGCCUUAAGCGGGCGCUGCGCAUUGCGCAGCAGGAUGUUCUUCUCGAGAUGGCCGAGGUGUGGCGCCGCCAUCUUAUCGAACUCGCGCAGGCAAUUAGCUCACUCUUGCCCAGCCCGGCCGUCAACCCCCUCGAGCGGCGUCGCGCCUGCAUCAUCUUGAACACGGCCGACCUGUGCCAGUCCACGAGCCAAGACCUCGGCGAUGAAGUGUGCACGCGCAGCGAGGCGCCACCGCGGGAGGUGGCGUUUGACCAGGUGAAAGAGGCCUUCUCCUCCGUCUACACAAAGUCGAUUCAGUCGAUCCUGCAGGGACUUGAGCUGCAGCUGGCGCCAAUGCUCGUGGACUACGGUAACGGCGGUUUCCUUGCCAAAAAGGGCACCGCUUCCUACAACGCCAACAGCAACGGCGCGGCUGAUGAGUCGAAGCUUGUGCGUGACAUGACUGCCACCGUACACGACGCAUUUCUGGGCUGCGCCGCGGUGAUGCCGCCCACAGGACUACGUUUUCUUCUCGAUAAGGUGGCGGCAACGUUCAUCCCGGAGUAUGGCAACACGCUCUACCGUCUACGCAGGCUGCCGGAUGAUGGUGUCAGCUGUAUGCGUGUCGAUGCGGCGGCGCUGGAGAAGACAUUCUUGCAGUUGCCCAACUACAACGACCCUGCCCGCUUUGCCGCGUCGGCUCUGACGGGGUACAUGCGCCUGGUGCGCAGGGAGUUUGACCAGCUGAACCGCGCUCUGAAGGUGCUGCAGGUCGACGCGCGCACCGACGCUUUUAUCGACGUGUACUACGAAGUUGUUCUGCCGGAGAACCGGUCGAUUCACAACUUCGUUCGCCUGGUGGAGCUUAAGGGACUGCGGCGCGAAGAUGUGCGGGCGUGGGUGGCCACCCUGUCAAAGCGUGGCGUCGUGGAGGCAACGAAGCGGGACCUCCAACGCGAGGCGUCGCUUGGGCUUUCCACUGGCGUGUCCUCCAGCGCUAGUGCCACCGGGGCAGCAGGGAGUGCCACGUCCAUCGCCAGCGGUGUUGGUCUGAACUUUGCGGCGCUCUUCACACGUGAUGCAUCCGCUUCUCUGGCGCCAUCGCGACUCCCCCACACAGGCGCGGCGCCGUCACCCACCACCGGAGGUCACUUUUCCCUCUCCAACCUCGUUUCCACCAUUGGCAGUGGUGAGUUGAACAACACAGCAGUGAGCAGCGAUGGCGCACGAGCGACAACCUCGAGGGAAGGCACGACUGCCGCGGUCGCCGGAAACGGCGCCGCGGAGGAGGAGGGCCUCGGAUCCAUCUUUGCUACGGUGGCGCGGAACACGGCCACCUCCAUGAACUUCUUGAACAAGUUCAAGCGUGGUGAGGGAAAGUCAUGA